CUACAAGAUAAAAUAGAUUAAAAAAAUGUAUUGGAUGACGUGCAAAAAUGAAAAUGACCAAAUAUAGUGGGACGGAGGAAGUAUUAAAGCUAAGUUGGUAGCUUUUUUUCCAAAUUAAAAUAUGCGGUGGAAAUUUACCCGACCCUUAAGGAUAAGGCCGCACAAUAAGCAAUCUUAGAAUCCAAUUUCUCAUCGUCUCUCCCCACAAUUCUCACUUGGUUCUCAACAAUGGCAUCCUCCAUUGCAACAACUUCCAUGCUCACGGUCAAGCCCAGCAUACCCAUCAAAUCAUCAUCACCUGUCGUUACCCACUUAAAGCCCAAACCCAUCUCACUUCCCUCCCAGCAAAGUCUCCCGCCCAAAGUCCUCUCCGCCGCCGUUCCCUCCUCCCUCGCCGCAGCCGGGGCCUUCUUCUCCGCCCUGGCCACCGCAGAUCCGGCGAUCGCAGCGCACCAGAUAUCGGAAAUCGCCGACGCCGCGGCCGCCGACGACAACCGCGGGCUGAUCCUAUUGCUGCCCAUCGUCCCGGCAAUAGCCUGGGUGCUCUUCAACAUCCUCCAGCCGGCGCUGAACCAGCUGAACCGGAUGAGAAGCAGCAGCAAGGGCGUCAUCAUCGGGCUCGGUCUGGGCGGGCUGUCGGCGGCAGCCCAGCUCCUCCACCCGUACGCCGCCUCGGCGGCUUCCGCUGACCUGACGGGAACGGCGGCGGAGGACAACAGAGCUCUGCUGUUGCUGGUGGUGGUGGCGCCGGCCCUUCUCUGGGUGGCUUACAACAUUCUCCAGCCAGCUCUGAACCAGAUCAACAGGAUGAGAUCUGGAUGAAUGUUUAAUUACGGAGUAUAAUUUUACUAAUUACAUUUACUUCUGCAAUAUUUUGAACUGUUUUAUGUGUUAAAUGUAUUUAAAACCUCUUUCUCCUAUUUUGAGACCCAAGAGCUUAAUUUCUCCAAACAUGCCCAAGGGCAUAUCACAUAUUCACAUAUGACACCUCUAGUAUGGAAAAUGCUAGAAACCCACCACCCCGCUCCCACGAUACAGAGGAUUUUAUACUUGCAUAGAUGAUAAUCGUCUGUGUUGUUUAUAGAUGAUUAUCGUGUGUGUAGAUAUAAAAUCAUCUGUCUUGUCAUGAAGACGGGGACGUUGUAGCACGGUCCAUUUGACAUUUUGUGCGUGCAUGAGGCACAAUGGUGUCAAAAAUGAUGUCAUAUGUGGUUUGUCAAACACAGAUGAUUAUUAUUUGUUUACUUAUAAAUUCUUGUCAUGUGU